AUGGCCGGUGGCGUGUACACGGCUUCACUCAGAGGAGGUGGGCCGUGGGGUUUUCGACUUCAAGGUGGAAAAGAUUUCGGCAGUCCGCUUGCCAUUUCCAAGGUAAAGACAUCGACAUUGCUUGUGCCCUGUGUGGGUUUCGCCAAGUCGCUUCGUGGGUUAGUUUGUUCUGCUCGUAGUUAGUGGCCUUUAAUUGAGACUUUCUUUUGAAGGUUACACCAGGAUCUAAAGCUGAUGUCGCAGGUAUACAGUCAGGGGAUUAUAUAGUCGAAAUAAAUGGAGCAUCUUCGGAUAAUAUGACUCAUUUUGACGCUCAGGAUGCCGUGAGAAGGGCUGGGCAGAAUCUAGACAUUCUUCUGGACAAGUAAGUUGUGUUAAGUUGUAGAUCUGCUACAAAACUAUAAAGUAAAAAUUUAUAUUUAUAAUCAAAGUAACCUCGCUGUACAAAUUUUUCUCCCUGUAUUGACCAGCUGGCGGUUUUUGACAACUUUUGCGGGUGAAAUGAGCAGUCAAUAUUCUUGGCUUGUUCAGCAUUCAAUUUGUUACAUCUUUCACACCAGGGGACAAUUAAACUUCUAGUAUUUGCACAAAGUUGACGUGUGUAAGGAGCUUUUUUUACGGCGGAUCUUUUUUACCCUUCUAAUGUCGACAAGAGCAGCGUUCGUCAACAGAAUGUUUUUUGUGCUUGUGAAGGACUCGCGCUUCCUUAUCGAAACCUUUGGGUGUAUUUUGAAAUGUAAUUCGAUCGUAAUGCGCUUACUCGAGAUCUACGAAGCUAAGCUGUGAUGUUGACUUUGAAUUUUAAGGGUGAUGUUUGUAAAAUGGGCAGCUUUGUUCCAUCAAUACACCGUGUUUUUGAGAUUUUGUUAAACUAAGUUGCUAAACUAUUGUUUUCACAAGUUUCGUUUUCUUUAAGCUUUCCUCGCUCGAAACUAUCAUGGUUUAACAUGCUAAAUGUGAACAAAUGGCCCAUCCGACUCUGAAGCAAGCGCGAACAGUGUUUACAAGUAAACUUUAAACAUCAGCUUUCUCGGUCAGUUAUUCUAAAAAGCAUCAGUAAUAUCUAACUAGUUAAGUAUGGCACUUGGACGUUCGUUCUCUGUUAAGAUGACAAAACUGUAGAUUUUAAAGGGAUCCGAUUAAAUUAGAUGAAGCUUUUGUUGGAGUGUGCUACAAUUGCAAGGGUCAGUGAGCUCAUUAAUUAGGACCAAAAAUUUAAAAGUAUGUUUUUAUCUCACAACAUCUUUAUUAUCACUCAUAUCUAGAGUUUGUCACUGUAUUUCCAUGUUUAGUGUCUCGUGUCAAAAAAGUGUUAUUUUUAAAAAGAGUAAUAUUUUGAAAAGACAGUCAUCCAAAAGUAGUCUUGAGUUGUUUAGCACAAAACGUGCAUUUGCAAAGUAGAAAUUUUAGAUCUUUCUCCAUGGGAUUGGGUUAGUGAAAAAGUUUGUUGUAAUUUUUUCCCAAAGGACAGCAGUUCAAAAAGUGUCAUUUGUGGUACAAUGUAUCGUUUGAGAAGUAAAAUUGGAAUUGAGAUAUUCUCACAAAAAUAUUUCCCAUAUGCUACAUACAAAGAUUUGAAGCAGGGCCCAGUUGUUCGAAGGCCGAUUAGCGCUUAACCCGGGGUUAAAUUUAAUCCGGGUUUCUCGUUCUUGUGUUCAAAAGCAUUUUCGCGGAUAAUUUUUUCUGUUAUAUUUAGAGCUUUCAAUCAUCAACUUGUAGACAAAGAGAAUUAAAACUGAAAUUCUUUUUAAGCUUUCAAAUCUGAAUUCAAAUCUGGCACUAACCCUGGGUUAUCUUAACCUGGCUUUGAACAACUUGGCCCAGGGAAAGUAUUGCCUUCAUCUUUUCCACACCUUAUUUACUGCUUUCUGCCAAUCUCCUGGGUCCUCUUUGAGAAGAGGUGGAGCUAGCUGGACGUGUGAGUGGCUGAUCGUGUCUGGUUUGUAAAUUCAAUAUUAUUUUAAUUUACACACUGUUAUGAAAAAUUGAAAUGGAAAAUGUCAUCAGACACUGAACACAUUGUCAUUUUUGCCUCUUUGUCGCUUUGGCCUUCACUAACAAACUCAGCAGCAAUGACUACUGAUUUAAGGGUUUUUCAUUAAUCUUUUCUUAGCAAAAUUAAGGGGGAAAUUACAACAGAAAUGGAUUCCCAAGUUAUCUCUUUCAUGACGGCUGUUAACAACCAUCAGUUCAGAGUGGAAAAUAAUUAUUGAUGAUGCAGACCUGGUUGGUUUAGCGUGUGAAUACAGCUGUCUCUCCUCGCUUUUCACCCCUAAGGACGUUUCCCAGGAAUGAAGUCUGUUCCUCAGUGACAGAAAUUCCAUACUGAUGAUUUAAAAUCUGUCCAGAAUGUAGUCAGGGGCUCUGAUUGGUUCACAAAGUAGUUUUAUUGUUUAAGCUAUUGUUUACGAAUGACAGGCAAAAGACAGAAGGUCACACAGGUCAAAUGUAAACACAAUGAAUCAACUACAAAACAGUCAAUAUCUGUGUAACAUAUUCUUCUUUAGAAGGAGCAUUCGGGUUUUGUCAGAGCUCGUUUGCAGAAGAACACAAAAACUUUGCUAUAGUUUGACCAGAGGAAACAUAGAGUCGAACAAAUUUACAUUUGGAACCCCAUGAAUAUCGGUUUAAUUAUGUAAACAUUGGUUUACGUCAUCAGUAUGUAAUUUCUGCCGCUGAGGAGCAGGUAUCUUUCCUGCGAAAAAUCCCUGGUGGUGAGGAGAUGGCUGUAUUUGAAGGCGUACAAAAACAUCCUCACAAUAAGCCGUCUAUAUAUAUAUUUACAUUCAUAUAUACUUCAGGUCAUUUCACUCCUCACGGGAGAUAUGAACUCAAUAAAUUGACCUCGCUCCCAAUGUGUGGCUUCAUAGCUCAGUUGGUAGAGCAACGCACUGGCAACGCGGAGGUCACGGGUUCGAAUCCCGUUGAAGCCCUGAUUUUUUUUUGAGGCUUCUUCUUUCCAAUUGCUUAAAUUGGAAAAUUUACUGCAAUGAUCAUUCUUCACUUUCAAUAAGCCAUAUCCUCUUAAAAAUGCUCCAAACUCAUCCCACGCCACAUCAUUAUCACCUAUGGCUCCACAGUAAUGCAGGGUGCAAAGAAAGUCAGUUUUACAGCUUAGGCAAGCUGUAGCUUGCAUGUACUAGCCCAAAAAUAAUUUCACCUACCCACAAAUAGCUUUCAAUUGAUGAGCAGGAUUGAUUACAGUUCUUCUGUAAUUUGAAAUCCCCAAAAACCAUCACUUGCCUGUCGGCAAGUUAGGUAAAGAACAGAAUUCACUAGCCUGAUGGCAAAAUCCACCAGCUGCUAGCUAUCAGACACUACUUUCUUUGCAGGCUGAUCUGCCGUUUGAAAUGCUCUUUCUGUAACUGUAUCAGCUGAUACAUUAAACUAGAACUAAUGCAUAAAAAGUGUACGAAUUAUUGUGAUAUAAAGAUGUAUUGUUUACAGUCAAGACAGGUUAAACAUGCCACCAAAGAUUCUAUUAAUGAAUUGAUUAUUUCAAAAAUGAAUCCGUUAGUCAUUCCCGUAACUAGUGUCAAAUUCAAAUCAGCAUUCCUGCAUGCGUAAUGAGCAGUGAAUAUUUUACGAGAACUUCUCUGUAUUUGGUCAGAUUGAAAAUCUUUGAAUGAGUAUAAUUUUUUCACAGACAUUUACAUUAAAUUCUGGGAAACUGAGCUAGUAGAAAUUUCAUAACUGCCUCGCAUGUGCAGAGAUGCCAACCUCUGGAGACCUAAAAUGGGCUAAAUCUCAAACUAAGUCUGUUUUAUUUUUUACUAAGUAUUCAAUAUUUAUAAUGGAAGUAAAAAGCCGGAGAUUUAGGUACAUUAAUGGAAUCUUGGCGGGUAUGCUUGACCUGGCUUGACUGUAAAUAGUAUUUCUGAUUCUCCCCUUCAUUUGUAUUAGUGCGGGCUGUAUUAGAAAAUAGUGCAGUUGUUCCUUCCAUUAGCGACACGUACCCCUUGUGACAAGGAAAUGUGUCCGCCAAGAGAGAUGUCUUCUUUACAGAGAUUGAAAAUGUGGUGAUGCUUGUCUGUGGCAAAGACCAUGAGCAAGCAGCUUAAGUGAGGGGAGUUGUCCUUGUUUACCGUGGUUUAAAGCAAGGCAAAUAUACUAUGUUACAAGGUGUUACUUCUGAGAAACUUUGAGCACCUCUAACAUAAAGUCUAGAGAGGUGCUAAAGAAGUAAUCUGCAUUACAUUUUUUAACUGUAUUAUUAAUCAAUCAUGCUUUAGCACACCUGUGGUAAAGUUCCUAAGGGCUGCAAAGUUGAGCUGGCAGAAUUGUUAGUCUUUUUGAAUGAGAUGAAUUAUCUACUAUGACAGGCUCUUGAAGAACAAUAGUAUUAUAAAAAGGUUUUUUUAAAAAAGUAAACAUUUUUUUUAUAGGAAAGAUCACACUAAAACAGUUGUGGUAACAGAAACAGUCCAUUCGGCAAAGUCUGAUCACAAGUUCAAUGCCAAGGCUAAGCCAUUUGGUGCAGUGUCAUCACCUGCUCAGAUAUCUCAGCCUCAGACUGCUGUAACAGGUCGCACUUCACCUGCUGGAGGUAGUACAUGGCAGCCUCCAAGUAUUCAACCUCAGCGUGCCUCUGUUGCCCAUUCUUCGCCAGCUGGAGCACCACCUCCGCCUGCCCCUCCCCUCCCCUCCCCUGCAGUAUCACAGUCCAGGUGAGAAGAUUGCAUUCAAAUUCAGCAUUUUUUUAAGUCGGCUAUAAAAUAAUGCUGUUAAGUUAAUUAUAAGGUAGUCACCAGCUAUGGAAAUGUUUCUUGUCAUAAAAAGGACACCUUGUGUGAUAUUACAUGAAGGGUGUUAAGUAAUUAAAAUGACUACCCAACUAUUGCAAUUGAAUUUUGAGGUGCAUGCAACAUUUCAAGGCUUAAUACCCAGAAAACUAGGGUGAAAAAGUGAAGUUAUAAUGAGAAUGGAUUGUAAUAAUAUUAUAUAAGUUACACCAGUGAAAUACUAGGUGAGCUUUUGGGCAAAACAUGAUACAUGUAUCUUCGCACUUGAAAAGAUCAAAAGGGUAUGACACAAAAAUAAAUAUUUAAAAUGUUGCAAUAGGCUGUCAGGGAGACUAGUUGAUAUGUGGAUUCAAACAAUUUAACAUUUGUUAAUUAUUUAGAUAAAAAGCACCAGUAAUAGGUAUUGCAUCUUUUUUCACAACUGGGAUGAGUUGAGUAGUCAUAUUAUUUGUUUUUGAGAAAUAUGGACAACCCGGCACAAUUUCUGCACACGUUACGUCUUAUCCCUCAAAAUUUUCAUCAAAAAUCCUCCAAAAUCCUGCGCAAUAUUAUAAUCUUUUUCCUGCACCCUGUCAGAAGUGUUAUUUGCAACACUACAGAUGCGACUCAUUGACGAUGUGUGAUGGACAGGUUUGUGAGUUUCUGUAUGAUGGCAGUAUUCUCAGAGAGAGUAACGUUCAUUCAUCCUCUUCUUUCUCAGGGGAGGCUAUGAUCAUCCAGAUGCUUCCAAACAAAGACAUGUCAUUGAUGAUAAUGACAUCGCUCAACGGUUUAGACUCAACAUAACUGAUGAUGGUGAUGGUAAGCUUGUGAUUUGAAAUACAUUCGACUCCCGAUAAUUCGAACCCUCGCUGACUCGAACCUCGCACUAACUUGAACCAAAAUCAAUUUCCCCUGGAUUUCCGUCAUACAUUCACUGUAAUUUUACCCUCGGUAACUCGAACACUCGAUAACUCGAACUCCUGCUAACUCCAACCAAUUUUUUCUCUAGGUCAUUUUCUAUAUAAUUUUACCCUCAAUAACUCAAACCAUGUUUUGAACCCUUAAAAAGUUGGGAAAAAAGCUGUCUACUGGCGUCCAAAACAUUGAAUUUUGGAUUUCCUAUUGACGUGUUGUAGGAGUAUAGUUUACUAGUGGAGGCUGAUGUUGAUUGUCACAGGCUAACGUGAAGCAGCUUUCCUUCUCAAAACAGUAAACGCAUGCUCUAUUUAAGCUAUGUUUUGUUAUGAUAUGUUCUGAUUUAUAAUCUAGAAGUAUCUUUUAAUUUUCACUUGACAUUUCUAUAAUUAAAUGUGAUUAAAAUGUUCACUGUGCAGUAAAAAGUUUUUAACCUUACUCUCGGCUAUGUUCUUCGAACUCCCAGUACUCGAACUCCCAAUAACUCGAAACUUUUUUUAAUUUCCCUUGAAGGUUUGAGUUAUCGGGAGUUGACUGUACAUAAUGAUGACAACAGUGCCAAUAUUGUACAGAUCAUUUUAAUCUCACUGAACAUUUUUUUUUCAUUAGUGAGUUUCGCUGAUGAGCCACCAACAUGGGGCCAUCCACCAGAUCCUAAAGUCCAGUCCAAGUCUUUCAAGAGACUGCAGAGACAUCUUCAAGAACAUGAAGAUGAUGGUAUGUACAUUGUCUGUCACUACCAUCUUACCGACAACAAGUUAUCUGACUGUAGUGUGAUAGUUUUUUGUUACAUUGUGUAUUUGUGAGCCAAUUAGUCGGCUUUCUAUUGUGAAUGUUAUUGAAACUGGUUUAAGAACAAGCAACAAUUUCAAAACUUGCUUGUUUACAUUCGGAAUAAUAUUAUUAUUAUUACUGUCUUUGUAGAUCUUCCUCCACCACCUCCUGAAGCAUUUGAUCAGCUGGAGGACAGUAAUGAGAAGCACAACAUGCAGUCACGGAGUUUUAAAGUCCUGCAGGAUGCUGUGGAGCAUGGAGGUAAAUAUAUAGAGUAUUCACAGAAAUGAGAUACAACUGACUCAAGUCACUGUCUCACUCCACUGUCUAGUGCUCCAUUUGCAGUUUUUUAUUAACAUGGUGCAACUGAGUUGUGUAUUUCACAAAAGCUGCCUUUUUUUUUACUUUUAGUUCAGCACAAAUGAAAACACCAGAUAAAACUAACUUGCAUCCCGUGUUAGAGCCUGUUUUUGCAGUGUUUUGUGCAGAUUUUUAAUUUGUGAACCUUGGUUUUAUUAACAACAUUCUGAUAUUGUGAAUGAGGCUUUAGACAGUGAAGUUGAAUAUUGAGGCUUUAGACUGUUAAUACUGUUGUUGUCAUGUGUUACAUGUGAAAUCAAGAAGUCAACAGUUAUGGUUAGUGUUCUUGUACUUGAAUUUUAUAACCGUGUAUUUUCUCCAUUAGAAUCUCCUGGCAGUGUUUUUGAUAGGCAAAAGGCAGGUCGGAGCAAGCCCUCCUCCCAGGCAAUGCCUAAAAUGUACCGUCCUUCUCCACCUCAAAUUAAACCUGCUGCAAGCAUGCCAGUGGCCCCCCCUGCACCAGUUGUAGCCCGACCAGGACAACCUCAGCCUGUUGCUCUACCUGGGAUGGUUCAAUUUCAACAACCCUCUGGGCCACCACAGCGAAGUCCAUCACAGAAAUUGCCGUCGACUGCAUCUCCAGCGGCAGUAUCGCCCACUUCUACUAGCCCACCUAAACAACCAGAGUGGAAGAGGUCACCCACUAAGCCUCCGUCAACACAGCCAGUCGAAGAGACUAGAACCCCUUUCUGUGAUGCCUGUGGGGAGGAAGUCUUGUAAGUUGAAUACAGUGUGGAACUUUUUUUUGCAGGCUGUUAUUUUUUUUAAAAAUAUAUUUCUUGAUAUAUUUUACUAUCCACAAGCACCAUGAAUCCAACAACUCCAUGUUCAUCACUGUAUAGUUUUACAUGCAUAAUGUUAUGAUGGAAGAAGGUAAUUGUUGCACAUCAUACAGAAAGUGACUCUAACCACACAACAGUCAGGUAUAAUAAUGUUGCAGUGGAAUGACACAACUGUAAAAAGUUCUACUUAGUACGGCAGUAUUAGGUUAUUUUCACAUGUUGUUUUGGCAGUAAGAGUUGUCUCUGGAGCUUUCAAUUAUGGUCCAACUUUAUCUUUGGAUUUUGUAUCCUUUGUUUUUGGGCACAGACAACUCCCUCUGCUGGAGGCUGUUAGGACCAUCCCCAACUGUUCUUGUAGAUUUGUUCAUUGUAUAGAGACUUGAGUUACAGUAUAAAAUCUAAAAAAAGACAGGGAUCAUGGUGCAAAGAAAAUCAUUUUUACAGCUUGCCAGUUGGGCAAGCUGAUGCUAGCAUUUACAAGCCCAAACGUCAUUUGAACUAGCCCCCAAAUUUUUUGAUGAGCAGAAUUGAUUUCACACUUCUUCUGCAAGUUGAAUUCCUCAAAAUACUUCACUUGCCUGUCAGGCAAGUUAGGAACAGAAUUCACUAGCCAGAUAGCAAAAUCCAUUAGCCCCGGGCUAUCGGACACUACUUUCUUUGUACACUGGGGAUAUGUAAGACCACCUCUAAGUGUCCAUCUUAAAAAAUGUCUGUGUUAUUGAGGUGUCCUUUGAGAAAUGACUGUAUAGCACUGCGUGAUACUGACAAAAAUGUAGAUUGGGCCACAAGUAUAACUGUAAUGCUCUUAGGAAUUAAGCUUAUAAAGCAUUUACAGAGAUAAAAGGUAAUUCUUGCAUUUUUUAUAAAAAAAAAAAUAAAAAAAAAACGAAAAAAAUGCACUUUUAUUUGAGUAUCAACGUAUUUAGCAUGAAAGUGCUAAUUGGGGACACUAUUAUUUUUUACGUCUCCUAAUGGAGACGGGACUGCCAUUUUACGUGGUCAUCCGAGCCACGCGAAGGUCUCGCCGCUUGCAGUGUAGAGGAAGUACCUUCAUUUCUCAGUCAUUUUAAGACCCUGAGAAUGGUUCGGCCCCGGGAAUCGAACCCGCGACCUCCUGCUCUGCAGUCAAACGCUCUACCGGCUGAGCUAAUCCUGCCACGGUUGUAAAUUAAUGAAUGAAGAGCUUAUUACACUUUCUUAUUGUUUUUGUUAGAUUUCCUUACAGUCAUUCAUGUAAAUGCCAUUGGUAUGUCCUUAUGGAUUUUUUAGUAAUGUACGUUUUGUUUCUCAUGUUUGAAACAGUGGUCCUUUUGUAAGUGCGAUUGGAAAGGCGUGGCACCCAGAACAUUUCGUGUGUGAUGGAUGUGGUGAGUCUCUUCAGAACCAGGGCUUCAUAGAGGAGGGUGGAAAAUUGUAUUGUGAAAAGGAUUACAACAAAUACUUUGCUCCUCACUGCGAUACUUGCAAGCAGCCCAUCUCUGGGGUGAGUACAAUGGUUUUGUACAUCUUUUAUGAGGCCUUGAGAUUACACUAAUGGGUAGGGGUGGUGCGAAAGUUGAUUUAUGUCAAUGAUUGUGUGAAAGUAAAAUAGACCAUCUUGAUUUACAACAAGCCCUCACUUACAAAUUGAGGGCUAAUGUAAAAGCUUCUGUAUGAAAUUAAGUUUUAUGUGCAUGGGUAUGAAAAUAUUUUCCUUUAUCCUCGGUUUGAAUGACUUGGGGCAACUCCAUAAUGGCUUUAUACGUGGUCUCAGAAAUGAUAAUUUGUUGUUUUUUAAACUUACAGUUGUAAAAUAGAACUAGUUUAUUGUGCAAACCGGUCAUAAGUUAGCUUUUGGAGGUGGUGUUUAGUGCACAACAAAUUAUAAGCAGCUGCGAGAAUUACUCCCAACGUUUGCUGGGCAAACAAAUCUAAGUCCUCUGGUCCCAAAUUCUGUUGAUUAUUUCCUUCCUUACUUGUCUUUGUCAACCAUUUUAAAUUUACUGUGGUCUUAGCGAUAUUCAGUUCAUCAAAAAAGCCUUUACACAAGACAUGUUAAUCACAACAUACCACUACAAGUGCCGUCUUUCUAGCUCCUGAGUUUGGCCGAGAACCACUCUUUGAAAGAAGACUGCUGAACGAAGUUUACGGCGGUAUGCUACCAAGCACAUUAUCGGUAAAACGAAGGCAGGAAUUUAGGUGUCUAAAAAUCUUUGUUAGAUGUUCGUUGUACACAGUAUGAAAUAAAAGUUAUGUUAGUUCACUUUUCACUCACCAUCUUCCUUGUAACGGGCAACCAGCAGUUUGUGUUGUUUAGAUCGAGAACAAUCUGAGUUAUCCUCCAUCAAUGUGAUAAUCGUGGCUGCUCUGAUCUGUGUCAGUCUGCCAUCUACCAGCACCUUUCCAUUAUCAAGCGUAAUCGAUUUUGAGAUUCGUCUGAGAUUUUGAUAAUAUUUCACGCACAUGUCCAUUUCAGAUUUUGCUUUCUAGCCUUGUUAAAAUGUAUUCUGUUUGUUGCCUUAAUGACUGCACAUGGAUACGUCACUGUACACUUGCAUGAACACGUAUUCUCUCUCUCACACACACACUUUUUAUUGUUUUACAUAUUUUCACAUUAUAUAAUGUAAAUAAAAAUAAUUUGUAGAUGACCACACUUGCGGGUUAUGGAGACUUUUCCUGUCUUAGUUGUCAAAAGGUUUUUGACACCAUUUUGAAGUUUGAAUCGAAUGUGAAUAAUAUCCAUUCACAAGGAAUAUGCUAAACGUAGUCCUGAAUAGGACUGUUGAUUGGUGUCGGUUUGACUUUGUUCAGUGACAAGUGACGUUUCUUUAUUGACAACCUGUGCGGUAGUAUCAUCUUCAGUAAAGUUCGUUUUUUCCGUUUCUAGCAUGGCUUGCGUUGACUUCGCUUUUUGAUGUGUUAUUUUCUAACUCAAUAAUUAAAAAUGAGAUAACUAAGGAAAUUACUUCUUCAAAGAAAGUUUGUAAAUCGAAUCCUUGGUAGCACAGUAUUUGCCAAACGUAACCUUUGAAUUUGAUAAAAAAGCGUAUCAAGAAUUGUGAGAGUGUUUCAUCCGCAGUCCUGAUACCUCAACUCAAAAUUGUUUAAAAAAAAAAAAAAAAAAAAACCUCGGUGCGCCUCUGUUUUUUUUCAACCUGGGUCUCGGUGUUUGGAUAUUUGAUGAAACACUCCUCAUCGUGUGUAUAUAUAUAUUACCUGUACUUAGCAGUUUCUGGUAGGUGGAGAGAAAUUGCCCUGAACUGUACCUUUUUUCAGUAGUUGGUAAUACUUUUGUUUAGGUGCCUUCCGGCCUUUGUUGAUUAAGCAUUGGCGGUAAACCAACGUUGUUCUUACUAAUCUUUUGUGUAUUUUUUUAAAAAGUAAAUGAACAUUGUGGCAGUAUAAUUAUAAGUAUUGUGAAGAAAGCAAUUUAACUUGUACUGUAUUGUAAAGUGCUGAUGAUAGUAGUCCAUCUGAUAUUUAGCAUUAAUUCUGUUGUGUAUCCUUUGGAUUUACGGUCGUGAACUUGGUGCUGGCAUCUGGAUAUUUUUCAAUGCCGCGCUAGUGGUGUGACAACGAGGGAAAAAAAUCGUUUCUUUCUUGGAAGAACAAGACAUCUAUUAUGUUUUUACGUCUAAGUCUGUUAGUAGUAGAGUUUGUGUGUUGAUGGCUGCACAGGUUGCCAUUCGAACUUUCUGAAAUGGAAUCUCCACUUUCUUUGACAACAGCAGACAAAAAUCUUCACGGUUCAGUGGAGAUCCCAGAUGUUCUGUUUCUGUUUUGUCUUUCUUUUCAUUGGCAUGGUUAUAAUUGUGUACUUGAACAUGGAAUUUAUGGCAAUUUCAGAAAUUGUUUCCAGAGCAAAGGAUAAUUUGUAACCGGAAAAGCGCAGUUUGGGACUAGAAAUAAGACAAGUGGAAAAUACGGCUGCAGUUGAAGAUCUUGAAGCCACAGAAGGACUGCUAUAAAGGUUUAAAGUGGAGCCAUGUCAGAGCACAAAAUUCAAGCAUAGCACCAACACCGUAUUUAUGAGCAAAUAACAAAAUACACUCACCAGCACUGCACCAGAAAACUCUGCUCUUGUUAUAGUACAGAUGAAGUUAAUGGGAACAGUCGCUUGUUGGAUUUCUUCGUCUCUCUCUCUUGGCUUCAAGCCUUGAGUACUGAGUUUAAUUCGAUUCUUGACCUUUCUUCUGGUUUUUUUUGUUCUCUGAUUUUCACUGAUUUUCCCUGUGAAAUUGCAGAGAAAGUGGGAUAUAAUUGUGGAAGUCCUUAACGAAUAAGAUGAAGUCGCUGCCAAGACUGUGUCUUCUCAAAUCGCGGCAACUUAGUAUGGUAUCUAUUAACCGAGGAACAUGUGGCGCCUAAGGGUGGUGAUGAAGUACUCUUGUUGUUUUGCUUCUUGCUAACAAUUCCUUGCUCUUAAAUGCACUAAGUCUUAUAAAAUUGUGGGAAAUAAAUGUAUAACUGGUUAUUAAUUAGAUCAAUAAUUACUAAGAGCACUUAAUGAUAAUACUUAAUACUGCACUGCACUGCACUGCACUGCACCUGACACUAGCACAUCACUGCACUGUAUACAAAACUCUCCUUCUUGAUUUCCAGUUCUAAUUCUUUCAGGGAUUGCUCGGCCAGACUUUGGAGCGAACACUUGAUUGGUUAAUCUCUCUGUUACCUUGGUAACCGUUAAAUGAGGUGAUGGCAUGUGUGUAUUUUGUACAUUUUCAGCCCAAGAGCCUGCACGCAUGUCCGCCAGCGGUGCCUCCGCCUUCAAGUGCCAUGCUGAAGGCCAUACGCGAGUCGUCGAUGAAAGGAAAGAACGCUGAAGAAGCUGCAGCGAAAACCAAGACUCGUCCACUGAAUAAUGCCCUGACUUUGAAGAAAGAAGCACAGGGUAACCACCCAAACUUGCCAAAUAACGUGCAUUCUAGUUACAUGACUCCUUUGUAUGGGGUCAAUUACCCUCAAAGAGCAGUUGAGAAUGACAUCAACAGUAACUGGGCUCAGGCAAGUAGUAUUAGUAAUAUCACCAACAUUGGAGCAGCAUUAGAACAGCAUGGGGAACCCGGCAUGGGCUCUUUAAAGGAUAAGGUUGUCGCCUUGAAGGAAGCUUUACGAGUGGCGACUGAACGUCAAGCCAAAGCCAAAGAAGGAAUUCCAGCUGCUCGCAAGCGCUUUCAAGAAGCGAAGAUUCUGCUAUCGAAGAUGGAGCGAAAGAGGUUUAUUGCUGAAGACAAGGUUGAAAAGCUUGAAGAAAAAAUCCAUCAUCAAGAGGGAAGGCUACAGAACAAGUAUAGAACAAUGUCAGAGAACUGGCAUGUAAACCAUCAAUUUAAACAAAAGAAAUCGGAAGAAUUGAGAAAUUGGAAGAAUAUAGAGUAUGAAAUAACCGAACUGAAAGCAGCGCGUGAGGCGUCCAUGGAGCGGGUGCGAGAAGCUUCACGAAGAUUGGUUAUCGUUCAGUCGGCAAUUCAGAAUGCUGACGACCGCUGCAGAGAGUUGAAUGCUCGCAGGCGCACUCUACAAGACAUGUUAGAAAUGUACAAUAAGCGAAUCAGGGACCUAAGGAGCAAGUCACUUGAGAAGAGUGUGGUUACAAAGAAAAAAGCGACUCGAAAGGACAUGCUACAAGAUUAUAUAUCUGAGAGGAAAGAACGUUUCAAGAGAGCUGAGCGAAGGUUGCUCCCUUUGAAGAUUUACAUAAACCAGUUACACGAUUCCAUAGAAGAUGGCCAUAAGGAGUUAAGGCAUGCGCAGUUGCUAUUAGCCAACUGUAAACAGAGGAUAAGGAAGAGAAGCUAUGAGUAUUAUCCUUAUACUAACUAAAAAGGAACAACUUAAUCGAUAUUUCUUAGCUUUGCCUUUGCGUUUGUGCUUGGUUUGUAAUCGUAUCAAAAAGUCGUGGAGGUCGCGCUCAGUAUGUCAACGUCUACGCGGUAAAAGCGCUUUUGAUGUUUGACAGUUUCCAGAUUUUCUAACGUUCUGAAUAAGUACAAGUCGUGAAAUUCUAGGGAACAAGACGUAGUAACAGUUUUUGAAGGAAACUGCAGCCGGUUGGGUUGUGUUUUUUCUUUCUGAAAGAAGUGUUAAUGUCGCGUCAGUUUGGGUUUGAGUUCGGAAUGCAAAUAGUUUGAGUCACUCUAGUUCUUACCAACAAUCACUGCUCUCUGCCCCCUCCACUUAACCGAACUCCAAAACCAGAAAGUUGGAUUUCUAUUUUCAUAAGUUAUGGUGUCAGUGAAGUUUAGUGGAUGUUUUUCCAACCUCAAUCCCAGGGCUUCUGGCCUCUCCUUCCCUGGAUCUUGACAGAGAGACCCUGGGUUCUAGGUUUCUAUUUCAGGAGACCCAUAUGACAUGAGUAGUCGUCAUAUCAGAUGAGACACACAUUAUGAAGUAGGUCAUGAUUUUUAAAGCAUCAAUAUAUAGCAUUCGAUUUCGGAGAAUAUCGGGCUGAAAUUACGAACGUCGUAUUUUCCAAGAUUUAAUUGCAAAGUGUGGUUUAGUUUUGUGUGUGAUAAGGCAGUUUUGUAUUUAGUGAGUGUUUAGUAGCUGACGAUAAUUCUUUUUUAUAGUGGCACGGUAAAGAAGCGACCAUCCUCAUAUUUUUUAGUCGCAUAGAAAGUAGCUUUUGUCAGUUAACGCUUUUAGAAAAGACCAGCAUCCAACAUUUAAAGUUACAACCGCCCAUAGGAAACGUAGUGUAGGUUUUACAAAUAUAGACUUUAAAAGAGGCCUUAAACACGUUCCUCUGUUUUCGGAACACUGGUGAUAAGAUGGAAUAUUGUUAUAAUACUUUUUAAAAGAGAUGUAUUUUUCUUGUCUGCUAUCUCCAUAGCCUGCUUUAAAAGAUUUAUUUUUGUCAUGCAAGGAAUAAUAUAUGAGAUGUAAAAGUAAUGAUAUUUACUUAAGAAAUAUUUAUGAUUUCAGCUAUAUAAAUUAAAGCCAUUGUUGUCAGAUUGGCCUCAAAACAUCUUAGCUAGUCAUUGAAUUGGCUGGGAACAUGCCGUGGGCAGUUCUUUUGGGUGGUCGCUUUUUAAUAAGAUGGG